UUCAGAGGUUCAGCGCAGUCAGUACUCAGGAGUAGUGUUUGGUGUGUCAAGCGGUGCUUUAUUUUGCAUUCAUUUCCAAUGGUAUUCAUCGUCCGUGGAUUGCGUGAGUGGUUUUGACUGGCGUUAUAGUCGCCCCAGCUGCGAAAUGCCUGUCACAAUCCCCACCCUUUUCACCUGGAGCUUGGGCUUUACCAAUUUUUGGAUUCUUCGCUUCAAAUUCGUAGUUUCCUGAAAAGCAGGACUAGUGUUUUGUUUCUUAACAGGCUUUGUCUUUCAUCACAGUUCGAUUGUAGCGAAAUUCAGCACUAGUGUUCGACGGGAAUUUCAAACAUGGACGCCGCGACAAACGAGACCGGUCGGAGCGGCUCAUCUCCCAAUCUCGCCAAGAGGUCGAGCAAGAUCCUGGUCGUCCGCGUUCAGAUGCUCGACGACACAGUGACGAUGUUCCAGAUUCAGGCCAAAGCCAUGGGGACCGUGCUGUUCGAGCAAGUGUGUCAACAGGUGAAUCUAUUGGAGGCUGAUUACUUCGGAUUGGAGUAUACCAGCUCGGAGAACGUCAAAUACUGGCUGGACUUGGAAAAGCCGAUGAAUCGACAAUUGGAAAUGUCGCUGACUGAUCCUCUUUUACGCUUCGCCGUCAAGUUUUAUGCUCCAGAUCCGGCUCAGUUGGAAGAGGAAUUCACUCGUUAUCUCUUUUGUAUGCAAAUCAAGCAAGACUUAGCUCAAGGCACCUUGCAAUGCAACGAUAAGACGGCGGCUCUCAUCGCGUCUUACCUGGUUCAAGCUGAGUGCGGCGAUUACGUGGCAGAGGACUAUCCUGAUCACACGUACCUUUCGUCAUACCGAUUUGUACCGCACCAAGAUCCCGAACUGGAAAGGCGAAUCAUGGAGAACCAUAAAAAACACAUUGGACAAUCACCUGCGGAAGCCGAUCUAAAUCUUCUAGAAACUGCCCGUCGUUGUGAACUUUAUGGUGUCAAAAUGCAUCCGGCCAAAGAUCCUGAAGGUGUGCCCCUCAAUUUGGCAGUAGCUCACAUGGGAGUCUUGGUCUUCCAGAAUUUUGCCAAAAUCAACACGUUUUCAUGGGCGAAAGUGAGAAAGCUGUCGUUUAAGAGAAAAAAAUUCCUAAUUAAACUCCAUCCGGAAGCACACGGAAAUUACAAAGAUGUCGUGGAGUUUUGCUUCGAAUGUAGGGACGAGUGCAAGAAUUUUUGGAAGAAAUGUGUCGAACAUCACGGCUUUUUCCGUUGCCCGACAGCCAAAAAUGAACCACGCCCUAAGCCAGGUGUUUUAAGUCGCGGCUCGUCCUUCCGGUACACUGGACGCACACAAAAAGAGAUAGUUGAAUUCGUCCGGGAAAACUACGUCAAGCGGCAGUCAUUUCAACGAUCGCAGUCCUUCCGACAUACCAGCCCUCACCACACCGGCGGCGUCGGCACGAGUUUGUCUGUUCAUCCCCUCCUGCCUGUUGGUGACAACGUUAUUGUUGCAAAUGAUACCGUGUCUCCUGGAUCGUCAGCCGCCAUUUCAGACUCGCGAGCCAGGAGCAUAUCGACACCGGAAAGGACCGAAACGGUAGAUGUUCACCACUCACGGGAACCUCGGUCAGCGAGUGGACAUCGGGACGUUGACGUAGAAAGGGAGAUGGAAGUGGAAUCACCCGUCACUUCCAACAACUCAGCAUCGUCUUCCAGCCCGCAGCAUCCGCCCUAUCAGUAUCAUCAACAGCCGCAGCAGACGCCAUCUGGAGUCUUCCACUCAUUGCCUCGGACGGCGGGUUCAUCUUCUUCAGCGCUGCCGUCACCCUCAGCAGAGGAGGAACCCGUUGCUGGUCAACUAGGUGAAAAAGAAGACCCUGAAGUCCAAGAAACUGUUGAAUGCGUUCAUCUGAACAAAUCACUGAAUGGGAUCGCAGGAAAACUGCCUUCACCACCGCUGUCACCCUUGUUGGGGCAUUCGAUUGAAAAUAAUAACAAUAUUAAUAAUAAUAUUGGUGCAAAUACGUCAGCAAAAUCGAGCAAUGGACCAAUAGAUGGAGAAGUGCGCCGCAAGCGCCAUCCGACCGAAAAAGCUUAUUACAUCGCCAAAGAGUUGCUGAUGACCGAGAGAACUUAUAAAAAGGAUCUGGAAGUUAUUGAUCUGUGGUUUCGCGAUGAACUAACAAAGGAAGAGUAUAUGCCAGAAGAGGUGCUGACUCUUCUGUUUAAUCAUGUGGAUCCUCUCUAUGAACACCACACCCUUUUGCUCAAAGAAUUGGAGCAUCGCAUGGCUGCCUGGGAAGGUCGAACGACUGCAUUCACCAAAGGGGACGUUCAUCGUAUCGGUGAUUUGUUACUAAAAAUGACCAGCAAAUUAGAGCUAUAUCAUCGAUAUAUAGAAAAACAUCGUCUUAUCCUUGAAAAACUUGAGCAAUCAUUCAAGCGUAAUAAGACAUUUGAGCAAAUCUACCGUGACUUUGAGACUCGCAAAGUUUGCUACUUGCCGCUUAACACGUUCCUGUUACGACCACUACAGCGGAUCCUUCACUAUCAACUCAUCGUCGAACGCCUUUUGAAGCACUAUGAACCAAAUCACAUUGAUUAUAAUGAUUGCACGCAAUCCAGAAUGCAAAUGGAACAUAUCAUCACAAACGUCACUCACAAUAUCCACGCUACAGAAAAUUUUGUCAAAUUAGUCGAACUCCAAAGAGACUUGGUUGGGAUUGAUAAUGUUGUUAAUCCCAGUCGUCAGUUUCUCCGAGAGGGCUGCCUCCAGAAGCUCUCCCGCAAAGGAUUUCAACAACGCAUGUUCUUUCUGUUCUCUGACGUUCUCCUGUACACCAAUCGAACUUCCGGUCCACUAUUGCAAUUUAAAGUUCAUGGGCAGCUUCCUUUGCGUGGUGUAAUGGUGGAAGAAAGUGAACCCAAGAUGGGGAAUCAAUUUUGUUUCACCAUUUAUGGAGGCAAUAGGGCCCUCCUAGUAGCUGCAAAUUCACAAGAAGAAAAAGAUAAGUGGCUCGAAGACCUCAUGCAAGCCGUCCAGGAAGCUAGGGAACUCUCCGAUGAUACUUCCAGAAUAAACUAUUUUUCGUUGAAAUCGUGCAGUUCUUCAGAGGAAGUGCUUGAUAAAACCGGAGCUACCGAAGAUACACAUGCUAGCACCAGUGGAAAAGAGAGAACACAACAGCAAAGGAGUAAUACUACUGUUCACGUUUGUUGGCAUAGAAAUACAUCCAUCAGCAGUCGCGAUCAACUUCUGGCACUUGAGAAUCAGCUAAGUGGUUACCUGCUACGCAAGUUCAAAAACAGUAAUGGAUGGCAGAAACUCUGGGUUGUUUUUACCAACUUCUGCCUUUUCUUUUACAAGACGUUUCAGGAUGAUUUUCCUCUAGCAAGCUUACCUUUGCUUGGCUAUUCGGUAACGUCACCGAAUGAGAGGGAUCACAUCCAGAAAGAAUUCGUCUUUAAGUUACAGUUUAAAAAUCAUGUUUAUUUCUUCCGGGCCGAAAGUGAAUACACCUUCAACAGAUGGAUGGAAGUCAUCAGUAGUGCUACUCAGCACUCAGGGCGGUUGCGUCUGUUCAGCCGCAAGGAAAGUGAAACAGUAUCGCCACGUUUUUAGUUGCUGAGGUACUUUGUGUCAAGCAGCGAUCUAUCAAACGAAGCCGAUUGCCAUUGCAUGUUUUAUCUCCUAAUUGACUCGAAAUAGUGACUAACAUAUUGCCUUCAAUGCCAAGCAUAUAAACAUGUUGUGCAACUAGAUGGCAGGUUACCUAAAUAAUUUUUGUUCUCGUUUUUCCCCUCUGCUUCGUAAACUGGUUAAUGAUUUUAGAAUCAUCCUUUCCUAAUAUUUCAUCUAACUUGACAAUAUGUAUUGAUUUUAAGCGAAAUGGUGUACAUAACAAAAGCCAUCGUUAAGGUGACAUGAAAUACACCAGGAUAUUCAACCGAA